AUGGCAUCCUCCGUGCCCAAGAUCAUCCUCAUCCUUGGCGCCGGCCCGAACAUCGGGGCUGCUCUGGCCAAAGCCUUCUCUGCAAAGGGGUACAAAGUCGCCAGCGCUUCCCGCACGCCGCCCAAGACCAACGACGGCGCGGCCCUGCAUAUCCCUGUCGACCUGACAAGGCCCGACACAGUCCCGGGCGUCUUUGAGAGGGUCAGGAAGGAGCUGGGUGGCGAGGUGGGCGUCGUGGUGUAUAACGCCGCUAUGUUCAAGCCGGAUCCUGCCGAUCCCCUCUCCCUCUUCGCUCCAGAAUCCAUCCAGACCUACCACGACUCGCAAUCCGUCAACGCCACGUCGGCCCUGGUCUCCCUUCACGAAGCAGUCAAGUCCUUCCGUAACUUGCCCGCCUCGAACGAUGCGUCAAAGACAUUCAUCUUCACGGGCAACAUGCUGAACCUCAAAACCUUGAAGGGCAUGUUGAAUUUCGGGCUAGGGAAGACCAACACCGCGUAUGCCAUCAGGUAUCUUGUAGAGAACAAGAUCUACGCUGCCGAGGGUGUCAGGUUCUACUACGCCGAUGAACGGAAUGCAGAGGGUUUACCCGUCGGGAACGCGGUCUCCGGCUCUGCCGCGGCAGAAGAGUACUUGAAACUGGCCGAGCAGAAGGAACAAGGGCCGUGGCUGUACACGUUCGUCAAGGGUGAGGGGUACAAGGACUUUGAGACGCAUGGUCGCUUGUAA